AUGCCUCGCGAAGUCGCCGAUAUCAAGAAGGUUUCAUCGAGAUCUGCCGUCGGAAGGACGCCUCCUGUACGUUUCUACGAACGAACAUUGAAUGCCGCUUUCGAUGCGACGAGACGUUUCGAUACCGAGAACGGAAAUUUGGCCGAGGACAAUUUUACUGACAAAGUUGGAACAGCCGCGCGCAUCAAGAAGAACAAGAAGGCCCAGAACAUCAAGUUCAAGGUCCGCUGCCAGAAGCAUCUGUACACCCUGGUGCUCAAGGAUACCGAAAAGGCCGAGAAGCUCAAGCAGUCUCUUCCUCCCAGUAUGCGCCCCCAAUGCGACACGGUCUCGACCCUCCUGAUCACCGACGUCUCCAAGAAGAGCUCCAACUAA